AUGAAGUGGGAAAGAGUGUACAUUCCUUAUAGAAAGUCGUUCAUAUACAUGGCCGGAGAGGGGAUGGGAAUAACCUACGUCGUAGCGGACGGUCAGGGGCCGAUGAAUGAAACUGCUACUUUAAUUACUCAAGGAGACAACAUUAUUUUUAAGGGCAUAAGCUUCACUAAUUCUUACAACUAUCCGCGGAUCGGACCGCAGAAUCCGAUGAAACCGGCACUAGCAGCAAAGGUCGAAGGAGACAGAACUGCGUUUUAUGGAUGUGGAUUCUAUGGAUUGCAAGAUACACUAUGGGAUGUGUCAGGAAGGCAUUACUUCAAACACUGCACCAUUGAAGGAGCUGUUGAUUUCAUCUUUGGCUCAGGCCAAUCCAUUUAUGAGAAUUGUGUGAUAUCGGUUUUAGGUCAAGAUCUAGGAGAAGAAGGCAUGGGAUACAUCACCGCACAAGGAAGGGACAAUCCAAAUGAAACAAAUGGAUUUGUAUUCAAAUAUUGCUAUAUAAUUGGAAGAGGUAAAGCAUAUCUAGGAAGACCAUGGAGAAAAUAUGCCAGAGUUAUAUUCUACAAGUCAUUCAUGUCGGACGUCGUUGUUCCUCAAGGAUGGGAUCCUUAUUUCAACUCCGGCGGCCUAGAGAGCCUAUUGACAAUCGCAGAGAUCGAUUGUAUCGGACCCGGCGCUAAGACUUUGGGAAGAGCGGCAUGGGCAAAGAGUAAGCUGAGUGGUCAAGGGUUGCAAGACUUGAUCAACAUCAACUACAUUAAUAGCGAUGGAUGGCUUACGCCAACAUGA